AUGGCUGCUACUGGUGCUGUGAUUGCCCCGGCCACCAUCCCGGUCCGGGGUGGUAGUGACCGACUCAUGGCCCUCGAGCUGGCGGAUGGUACCGUGUACCAGGGUUACAACUUUGGUGCGGAGAAGAGUGUGUCUGGUGAAUUGGUCUUCCAGACUGGUAUGGUUGGCUACCCCGAGUCGGUCACCGACCCUUCAUACCGCGGCCAGAUCCUGGUUGUCACCUUCCCUCUGGUUGGAAACUACGGUGUCCCUUCGCGGGAGGAGAUGGAUGAGGUGCUCCAAAGUCUGCCCAAGUACUUCGAGUCAAGUCAGAUUCAUGUCGCCGCAUUGGUUGUGGCAGCCUACGCUGGCGAGGAUUACUCUCAUUUCUUGGCAAAGUCUUCUCUGGGUGACUGGCUCAAGGAGCAGGGUGUUCCUGCCAUCCACGGUAUUGACACUCGUGCUCUGACCAAGCGUCUUCGUCAGACCGGUAGCAUGCUCGGUCGCCUGCGUCUGCAGAAGGCCGGAGAAUCCAACGGCGUCUCCGAUGGUGUUGAGGCUGCCAACUGGAGCUCACACUUCGAGGAGGUCGAAUGGGUGGACCCCAAUGCCAAGAACCUUGUUGCUGAGGUUUCCAUCCGCGAGCCCCGCCUGUACACGCCCCCCGCAGAUGUUGCUCUCAAGCACCCCUCGGGCCGCCCCGUUCGCGUUCUGUGUUUGGAUGUCGGUAUGAAGUUCAACCAGCUGCGCUGCUUGCUCUCCCGCGGCGUCGAAGUCAUGGUCGUUCCUUGGGACUACGACUUCCCCACCCUGGCCGGCAAGGACUACGACGGUCUGUUCGUGUCCAACGGUCCCGGUGACCCUGCAACCCUGACUACUACCAUUGCCAACCUUGAAAAGACUUUGAAGGAUGCCCGCACACCCGUCUUCGGUAUCUGUUUGGGUCACCAGCUGAUUGCCCGCGCGGUCGGUGCUACUACCAGCAAGAUGAAGUUCGGUAACCGCGGUCACAACAUUCCCUGCACAAGCAUGAUCUCUGGAAAGUGCCACAUCACUUCCCAGAACCACGGUUACGCCGUCGAUGCCUCCAGUCUUCAGAACGGCUGGGAGGAGCUGUUCGUCAAUGCCAACGAUGGCAGCAACGAGGGUAUCCGUCACACCAGCCGCCCCUUCUUCAGUGUCCAGUUCCACCCGGAGAGCACCCCCGGUCCUCGCGACACCGAGUACCUGUUUGAUGUUUUCAUCAACACCAUCCAGAAGUCUAUCGCAUCUGCUGAUGCCCUCACCAAGCCCGUUGAGUUCCCAGGUGGUCUCAUCGCGGACAACCGCAAGGCCUCUCCUCGCGUCUCUGUUAAGAAGGUUCUGGUCCUCGGUAGUGGUGGCCUGAGCAUUGGUCAGGCCGGUGAGUUCGACUACUCUGGUAGUCAGGCUAUCAAGGCGUUGAAGGAGGAGGGUAUUUACACCAUCUUGAUCAACCCCAACAUUGCCACCAUCCAGACCUCCAAGGGUUUGGCUGACAAGGUGUACUUCCUGCCCGUCAACGCUGAGUUCGUUCGCAAGGUCAUCAAGCACGAGCGCCCCGAUGCCAUUUACGUUACCUUUGGUGGUCAGACCGCUCUGUCCGUUGGUAUCGAGCUCAAGGAUGAGUUCGAGGAGCUCGGUGUUAAGGUUCUGGGUACUCCCAUCGACACCAUCAUUACCACUGAGGAUCGUGAGCUGUUUGCUCGUAGCAUGGACUCGAUUGACGAGAAGUGCGCGAAGUCGGCCUCUGCCUCCACUAUUGAGGAGUGCAUGCAGGUUGUUGAGGCCAUUGGCUUCCCCGUCAUUGUGCGUGCUGCUUACGCACUGGGUGGUCUCGGCAGUGGUUUUGCCGAGGACAUGGACCAGCUGCGGGACCUCUGCACCAAGGCUCUGGCUGUCAGCCCUCAGGUGCUCAUCGAGCGCAGUAUGAAGGGCUGGAAGGAGAUCGAGUACGAGGUUGUUCGUGAUUGCCAGGAUAACUGCAUCACUGUCUGCAACAUGGAGAACUUCGAUCCCCUUGGUAUUCACACUGGUGACUCCAUUGUCGUUGCCCCCUCCCAGACUCUCUCUGAUGAGGACUACAACAUGCUUCGGACGACUGCCGUUAAUGUCAUCCGCCACCUUGGUGUCGUCGGUGAAUGUAACAUUCAGUACGCCCUGAACCCCUUCUCCAAGCAGUACUGCAUUAUUGAGGUCAACGCUCGUCUGUCUCGCUCUUCUGCUCUCGCCUCCAAGGCCACUGGUUACCCCUUGGCUUUCAUUGCUGCCAAGCUGGGUCUGGGUAUUCCCCUGAACGAGAUCAAGAACUCCGUCACCAAGUCCACUUGCGCCUGCUUCGAGCCCUCGCUUGAUUACUGCGUGGUCAAGAUCCCCCGAUGGGAUUUGAAGAAGUUCACUCGUGUCUCUACUCAGCUCGGUUCAUCCAUGAAGAGUGUCGGUGAGGUCAUGAGCAUUGGUCGUACCUUCGAGGAAGCUAUUCAGAAGGCUAUUCGUUCCGUUGAUUUCCACAACCUCGGUUUCAACGAGAAGGAUGCCCUUAUGUCCAUUAAGGGCGAGCUCCAGACUCCUUCCGACCAGCGUCUCUUUGCCAUUGCCAACGCUAUGGCUACUGGCUACUCUGUCGAGGAUAUCUGGAAGCUGACCAAUAUCGAUAAGUGGUUCCUGACCCGCCUGAAGGGCUUGAGUGACUUUGGCAAGUCCAUGUCCGCGUUCAAUGCUACCUCGGUUCCCGUUCCUAUGAUCCGCCAGGCUAAGCAACUUGGUUUCUCCGAUGCUCAGCUUGCCAACUUCCUUGGUUCCAACGAGCUGGCUGUGCGCCGCAUGCGUGUUGAGGCUGGCAUUACCCCUAUUGUCAAGCAAAUCGAUACCGUCGCCGCUGAGUUCCCUGCCGUCACCAACUACCUUUACCUCACCUACAAUGCCUCUGAGCACGAUCUGAAGUUCGAGGACCACGGUAUCAUGGUUCUUGGCUCCGGUGUCUACCGUAUUGGUUCGUCUGUCGAGUUUGAUUGGUGUUCCGUGCGCACUAUCCGCACUCUCCGCGAGCAGGGUCACAAGACCAUCAUGGUUAACUACAACCCGGAGACUGUCAGUACCGAUUACGACGAGGCCGACCGCCUCUACUUCGAGAACAUCAACCUUGAGACUGUUCUUGACAUUUACCAGCUGGAGACUUCCAGCGGUGUUAUCAUGUCCAUGGGUGGUCAGACCCCUAACAACAUUGCCCUGCCCCUGCACCGUUUGAACGUCAACAUCCUUGGUACUUCUCCCGAGAUGAUUGAUGGUGCCGAGAACCGCUACAAGUUCUCUCGCAUGCUGGACCGCAUUGGUGUUGACCAGCCUGCCUGGAAGGAGCUGACUAGCAUUGAGGAAGCCCGUGAGUUCUGUGACAAGGUCAGCUACCCUGUGCUUGUCCGUCCCUCCUACGUGCUUUCUGGUGCUGCCAUGAACACGGUUUACUCGGAGGAUGACUUGGAGAACUACCUCAACCAAGCCGCCGAUGUUUCUCGCGACCACCCCGUCGUCAUCACCAAGUACAUCGAGAAUGCCAAGGAAAUUGAGAUGGAUGCCGUUGCCAAGAACGGUGUCAUGGUUGGUCACUUUAUCUCUGAGCACGUUGAGAACGCCGGUGUUCACUCUGGUGACGCCACUUUGAUCUUGCCCCCGCAAGAUCUGAGUGCCGAGACGAUUCGUCGCAUUGAGGAGGCCACUCGCAAGAUUGGUAACGCCCUGAACGUCACUGGUCCUUACAACAUUCAGUUCAUUGCCAAGGACAACGAUAUCAAGGUCAUCGAGUGCAAUGUCCGUGCCUCUCGUUCAUUCCCCUUCGUGUCCAAGGUCAUGGGUGUGGAUCUUAUCGAAAUGGCUACCAAGGCUAUGAUGAGCAUUCCGUUUACUGAAUACCCUCCUGUCAACAUCCCCAAGGACUACGUUGGUGUGAAGGUUCCCCAGUUCUCCUUCUCGCGUCUCUCCGGCGCUGAUCCCGUUCUUGGUGUUGAGAUGGCCUCCACUGGUGAGGUUGCCUCCUUUGGUCGUGACAAGUACGAGGCCUACCUCAAGGCUCUGCUGUCCACUGGCUUCAAGCUGCCUAAGCGCAACAUCUUGUUCUCCAUUGGUUCGUACAAGGAGAAGCUUGAGAUGCUUCCUUCUAUCAAGAAGCUCCACGAUCUCAAGUACAACUUGUUCGCUACCUCCGGUACCGCUGACUUCCUCAAGGAGAACGGUGUUCCUGUGAAGUACCUCGAGGUUUUGGCUGGUGAGGAGGAGGACAUCAAGUCUGAGUACUCUCUCACUCAGCACUUGUCCAGCAACCUCAUUGAUCUCUACAUCAACUUGCCGUCAAGCAACCGUUACCGUCGCCCGGCCAACUACAUGUCCAAGGGUUACCGCACUCGUCGCAUGGCUGUCGACUACCAGACUCCUCUGGUCACCAACGUGAAGAAUGCCAAGAUUCUCAUUGAGGCCAUUGCUCGCCACUUCCCUCUGGACAUUCAGACCUCUGACUUCCAGACUAGCCACCGCACUGUGACUCUGCCUGGCCUGAUUAACAUCGCUGCCUUUGUUCCUGGUCUUACCACCCCUGGCUCUAAGGACUUCGAGGCCGUCACCAAGGCCUCCAUGGCCGCUGGUUUCACUAUGGUCCGUGUCAUGCCCGUUGGAGUUGACAGCUCGGUCACCGAUGCUGGUGACCUGAACGUUGUUCAGCAGAAUGCUCAGGGCAAGUCUUUCUGUGACUUCAACUUCUCGGUUACUGCCACUUCCUCCAACUCUGACGAGAUCACUCGGAUCACUGGUGAUGUUGGCUCUCUCUUCAUCCCCUUCAACCACCUGUCUGGCAACAUCAACCAGGUGGCCACUGUGACCAACCACUUUGCUUCCUGGCCCUCCAGCAAGCCCAUGAUCACUGAUGCCAAGGGUACUGAUCUGGCCUCGAUCCUGCUCUUGGCCAGCCUCCACAGCCGCAACAUCCACGUGAUGAGUGUCACCUCCAAGGAGGACAUUAAGCUCAUCGCUCUGAGCAAGGAGAAGGGUCUGAAGGUUACUUGUGAUGUCUCCAUCUUCUGCCUCUUCCUUUCGCGCGAGGACUUCCCUGCUUGCAGCUCUCUGCCCUCUGCUGAGGACCAGAAGGCUCUGUGGGAGCACUUGAGCUCUAUCGAUAUCUUCUCGAUCGGUAGCAUUCCCUUCCAGCUUGCUGGUAAGGAUGCUUCGCCCGAUGUCGGUCUCGCCGAGUCUCUGCCCCUCCUCUUCACUGCCGUGGCUGAGGGCCGUCUCACCAUUGAGGACGUUACUGCUCGUCUCUACGAGAACCCCAAGAAGAUCUUCGAGCUCCACGACCAGGCCGACUCCUCGCUUGAGAUCGAGAUUGACCGCCCUUACGUGUUCCAGAACACUCAGGCUUGGUCUCCAUUCAACGGCAAGAUGAUGCGCGGCUCCGUUCAGCGCGUCGUCUUCCAGGGCAAGACCUCCUGUCUUGACGGCGAGAUCACCACCGAGGCUGGCAAGGGUGUUGACAUGUCUUCCCACCGUAUCAUCCCCAGCUCCCCCGUCCAGAAGCCGACCACCCCAAUGGUCCGUCCUGAGACCUCCCUGGAGCAUCAGAGCACCCCUAGCCGUCGCACCCGUGCUCUGGACUCCGUCCCCGUUGGCGAGCUUGGACCUCCUCUGUACACCCCCUCUUCCCAGGCCUCCUCCCCGCUGAGUGAGAUGCUCUCCCGAUCUCAGUUCCGUGGAAAGCACGUGCUGUCCGUGAACCAGUUCACUCGCGCGGAUCUUCACCAGCUCUUCACUGUCGCCCAGGAGAUGCGCCUCGGCGUUCAGCGCCAGGGUGUCCUUGACGUGCUGAAGGGUCGUGUUUUGUGCACUCUCUUCUACGAGCCCUCCACCCGCACCUCGGCCUCUUUCGAUGCCGCUAUGCAGCGCUUGGGUGGUCGUGUUAUCCCCAUCGCCACCGAGCACUCCUCUACUCAGAAGGGUGAGACUCUCCAGGACACCAUCCGCACCCUUGGCUGCUACGGUGAUGCUGUGGUCCUCCGUCACCCCAGCCCCGACAGCACCGACGUUGCCGCCAAGUUCUCCCCCGUUCCUAUCAUCAACGGUGGAAACGGCUCCGUCGAGCACCCUACCCAGGCCUUCUUGGACCUCUUCACCAUCCGGGAGGAGCUGGGCACUGUCGCCGGUCUGACCAUCACCUUCACUGGUGACCUCCGGUACGGCCGCACCGUCCACUCCCUGAUCAAGUUGCUCCGAUUCUACGAUGUCCAGGUGCAGCUGGUGGCUCCCAAGGAGCUGUCUCUGCCCGAGGACGUUCGCCAGCAGCUUGUCGCUUCUGGCCAGCUCCGCCUCGAGACCGAGGAGCUGACCCCUGAGAUCGUGGCUCGUUCCGACGUUCUGUACUCUACCCGUGUGCAGAAGGAGCGCUUCACCGACCUCGCCCAGUACGAGCGUCUCAAGAACAGCGUUGUCAUUGACAACGCUCUGCUCAAGCAUGCCAAGAGCCACAUGGUCGUUAUGCACCCUCUGCCUCGCAACGCUGAGAUCACCGAGGAGGUUGACUUUGACCAGCGGGCUGCUUACUUCCGCCAGAUGAGAUAUGGCCUGUACUGCCGCAUGGCCCUCCUGGCUUUGGUUCUGGCCCCUUAA